AUGAAUUCCGCAUCAACUUCAACACUCUUCCAAAUUUCAGGUCUCGAUGGCGCAGACAAUCCUUACGAUCCAGCGAGCUUCACAGAAAUGCUGAAAAGGAUUGCAAUAGAGGAUUUAGGUGAUAAUCCAUCUCAGAAAGAAAAGUCGAAUCCAAAUAACUGGGUGCAAAUUCUCGAUGGAAUAACGGAUCACCUUCUUGGUCCAUUUCCCGAUCCCAGUAUCACAGCAUGGGAGGCGAUGGAGGAGAAGGUUACGAUGACAGAGGCAGCAUUACAAGUGAUACAGCGCGCGUUUUCACGCGUCGUCACGAUAUAUGACGCGUCUGAAAAUCUUGUCAAAAAAUUAUUGGCAAGGCUGCUGGACCUCUACCGUAUCCUUGAUUCAUGGACCGAUUCCGAACAAGUAGAUAUCAAGGACUUCAUUAAUCCAAAGCAAAUGAAGGAGUUGACCUUGAUGAAACCAAGAAUCGUAGCUGUCGACAUACUAGAACCGAUACCUGAAAAUCACUCCUUGAACGUCCUGAUUUUCCCUUCAAAUAUUCCUACGUUUGUCUCGCUUGUCUUGGAGGUUAUUGUGAAAGCUAUAUGUCCUUCGCUCCCUAACGAUUACUACUUUUUGGAUAUCGGUCGUUCCAUUGCAGAAUUUUCGAGAAAGCUUCUCGUACAUUAUCUUAAUCCCGGUAUUCCCAUGAAAGCAGAUAUCAGGACCAAACUUCUGAGAAAUAUUAUCUCAUCGACAGAGCCACUUUGGAGUCAUCCGGUGUAUCGACCUUUUAUGGGCGACCUUGUAGAGUAUUUGCUCCAAAUCCGUCUGGAGGCAGGCUUGGAUCGUGAAUGGGAUCCAGUAGAUCAAUACCUCAUCGACACUCUCAAAUCAAACAUCGUUAUGUCCAGCUCAUACCCCAUGAUUCGCAUUGUCAUCCAACGACUGCAAAUUUACAAUGGCAAGGACAGUGAACGACUAUCGGAACUGUUGUGGGCGUAUCUACAAUAUUCUUUGCGUCGCAUGGAACCCACCUUGAUUUCAGUAGUUAAGAAAUCAGCCGAAUCAUUGCCCAUUAGUCCCGAACGCGACAUUUUUUUGGAAGAGCUUACCAAAUUGACAACUGAAUCAUCCCAUUCAAACGCCGUUCAGCAUCAAUUCGAUAUAAGCUCGCGAGUUUGGAGUCACGAUGUUCGCCAACUUGUUGAAGAAAUCAUCGCUCCUGACACCCUCUCUUGGAUGGAUGAAGAAGAAACAUCGGCAUCCCAGCUUUGCAAACGAGCUUUACUCGAAAUCCAGAGCAGGUUUGAACGACGCGAAAUUGAUCCCUCUGCAGCGUCAAGACCUUCUAUCAUCAGUAAAAUGGGGGAGCUUCAAUGUCUCCUCGCUUUGUGUAACAAAAGUGACUGUCUCUCUCAAAACACACACAAUAAUUUUCUAUCAAUUCGUGAAUAUGCUCCCUUGAUCAAACAGUUACUCAACGGCACGGUCGAAGAAGUUACUCCAGAUUGCCGCCGGAAGUUAUUCAUUGCUCUUGGAUAUAUUUGCAAGCAUCAUUCAGGCAAAGAGGAUGCGGACGUUGUUAUCGAUUACAUUUUUCGUGGAAUGACAGACACUGAUAGAAGCGUCCGUCUCAGUGCAGGUCGUGCUUUGAAUGGACUCGUUCAGAUCUAUGGGUUGUGUGAACGUCCUGGUGUGGAUCGCGUUGAUCUCGUGUUUAAUCGACUGUAUGACUAUUUUCAGAACUCGCAGAAUGCUAUUAGGGAGACUUUAUUGAUUACUGUUGGUUGUAUGGGCCUGACAGCCAACUUCGAUAUCCUAGGCAAAGUGCUUUGUUUGUUAGUUGCUCAACUUGGACGCCAAAAUCCCAUCAUUAAGGGCGUUGCUGGUAUGCAUAUUAUAGCUUUGGCAAAACAUUUCAAAAAAUCUGUCUAUUCUCUACUUGCACCAUACAUGAACGACAUCGCUCCAUAUAUUUUCAAACAAUUACCAUUACAACCUGAACUCCUUGGAGAGGUCAGCCAUGUUAUGGGAUUUCCUCCUCGCGAUUUCAUUCGGCUCACGCUUCCGUACACACUUCCCAUGCUAUUUGCGACAAAUGAUGUCAAAGGGCUGAAUAAAGUUGCCAAAGAACUAUCUACCAAAGUUUCUGCCCUUAUUCUCAACCAUUCCAGCUGUAUUCUUGCGCACAUAUUUCUUCUUCCUGGCCAAUCCGCUGCAAAGAAAGCUUUGACCUUCAUUGCCAAAAUCCUUACUGAUGCUAGUACUUCGUCAAUUGAUAUACCAAGUGUCGUCAGAAGCUGUGUGGUGCCGUUACUCGCUGAUCUUGUCAUCGAAAUGGGAGAUGAAAACAGUGUCAAUGCGCAACAGGCAGUCAAGGCCCUGAAAAGGGUCGAAGAGAUACUGUCCCCGGACAAGAAAAACAUUUCUACCACCAAUAGCCUAGAAGCUUUCCUGAAAGAUUACAUUCUUGGUGUCAUCUCAACCAUAAAUGACAUGUUACAAGACGUGCAGGGCAAGAAAUCAGUAACGGUAAAACGAAAGAUUUUGCGUAGUUUAGGGUCCCUCAUAGAGCAAAUGGGAGCGGCGAUUAGUGCUGUAUCUCCGCAGAUCAUGGCCACUUUUCAGACCAUGCUUUGCAUCCCUGAACUGUCAGAAAUCACUCUUGAAAGCUGGUACAAAUUCGCGACAACUCUUGAUACCAUAGACCUUGGACCAUAUAUAGGACCAACAAGUGCAGCAAUUGUGUCAUCGUGGUCUAUCUUCUCCCCUCGUGCUCGCAAUCUUGCUUUCGAAAUACUGGAGUAUAUUAUCUGUACUAUGGGAAAUAAUCUGCGACAACAUCUAACUGAAGUCAUCGAUAUAAGCGUUGUUCAAGAUUUACAGCCCCUGUACGAUCGAUUACAGUUGCUUCGCGGGACUUUAUCUCCAGGGCAAGAAUUGGACAGAAUUUUGAAUCAAUCGUCAAGUGACAAUAUAACUGUAGCAACACAAGCGCUUCAAGAAUUAAAAUCGUUCUUGUCCAAGGGCCAGAAGGAAUUUAUCCGUACGAUAACGUCUGGCGAUGUAUUUCAUCCCUAUGUUGGCCGCAUUUUGGGUACGCUACUUGCCACAGCAUCGAGAGAUAUUGGAGAUAACUACGAAAGACUCCAUCUCCUCGCCUUCGAAUGUAUUGGUGCUUUGGGCGCUGUGGACCCAGAUCGCUGUGAAAUACCUUCCCAGACUACAAACAUGGUCGUGUUCAAAAAUUUCACCGAUGAAAACGAAAAUCUUCUGUUUGCAUUGCAUUUGAUUCAAGACCUUAUCGUUGGCGCCUUUCUUUCUACCAGCAAUAUCAGAUAUCAAACGGAUCUGGCUUACAGCAUUCAAGAGUUGUUGAAAUUCUGUCAGUUCACACCCGCCCUUGUGACGUCUGGACGCUCAACUGCAGUACCCAUAAGAGUGAGAAACCGCUGGAACGCUCUCCCCAAACACGUCCUGGAAACUGUUACACCUUUACUGGGUGGAAAAUUUAAAAUGAACGAUCCUCCUGCUUUAGAGAUUCAACAGCCAAUCUAUCCAACACAAUCAACCUAUCGUGAAUGGCUUCAACUAUGGUCGGCCUAUUUGAUCACUAAAGUUUCCGGUACAACUGCGCGACAGCUUUUCGGGGCAUUCAGUUCCAUUGUACGAAAUAAAGAUGUUGUUAUCGCUCAUCAUCUCCUACCGCAUCUGGUUUUGAAUAUAUUGUUGUCAGGGAAUGGAGAUUACGCCUCAUGCAUCAGAGAGGAAAUCGUUGCUGUUCUUGAAGAUCAAAUUGAUUCAGAUAGUCGUUCAACUUCAGAUAAAAAACUCCUUAGCGCCCAGGCUGUUUUUAUGCUUCUUGACCAUUUGAACAAAUGGGUUCGCCAUGCACGUCAGGAGAUCGUACAGCAAGACAAAGACAAAAAGAAUAAUAAACGGUUGCCAACUUCUGCGACUGAUUUCACUCAUCAACUUGCCCUCGUCGAUUCAGUACUUAUGAGUAUAAACCAAAACUUAAUGGCUAAAGCUGCCUUUAAGUGCAAAGCCUUUGCACGGUCUCUGAUGAGUUUUGAACAGCAGGCUAUUUCGCUUGCAAAUCGUGGACCUUCUGCUCAGAAAGACCUGCCUGAAUACUAUGAAAAGCUACAUGAGAUAUAUUCUCAAUUAGAUGAACCCGAUGGGAUGGAGGGAAUAUCCACAUUGAUUUUGUCACCUACAUUGGAACAUCAAAUUCGUCAGCACGAAAGUACUGGAAGGUGGACGUCUGCUCAAAGUUGUUGGGAGGUUCGUUUGCAGGAAUCACCGGAUAAUGUUGACUAUCAUGUGGGUUUACUACGCUGCCUUCGGAACCUUGGUCAUUAUGAUACAUUGCGUACCCAUGUUAUAGGUGUUCUAACACGGCACCCGGACUGGGAGGAAGCUUUAGCAGGUUUCCAAGUAGAAAGUGCAUGGAUGGCUGGUGCAUGGGGAGACGUCCAGAAAUUGGUGGAUCGCAUCGAUAACAAUAUUCCUGCAAUUGCCACUGGAAGAGUCCUCCUGGCCAUGCGCAAUGGGGACAAGGAUGCAAUCAAUAAAGCUUUAUCUCAAGCACGGCUCAUUGUAGGUUCUCCUAUAAUAGCAGCAGGGGCAAAAGGUUACCGACGCUCCUAUGAAGCUGCAUUGGACCUGCACUUGAUACACGAAUUGGAGUUAAUAUACCAAUCGUCUUGCAAGCUUCUUCCGGACUCUCAUAAUUAUACCCAAUCAAGUCAUCGUGAAAUUCUUGCGGAUUUGUCGCAGACCCUUUCUGCUCGACUGAAUACAACUCUCCCAACAUAUCGAAGUCGGGAACCUCUUCUCAGCAUGAGACGUGCUGCAUUUGCAUUGCCAAAUAACACACGCUUCAACGUCGAAAUUGGAAAAUCCUGGCUCGCUAGUGCCAAAAUUGCAAGGAAGGCUAAGCAAUGGCAAACAGCUUACAGCGCAAUGCUUCAAGCUCGUCAACGGAAAACUCUCUUCUCCAUGAUAGAAAGCGCAAAGUUACUUCAGGGGUCUGGCCAUACCCUUAGUGCGCUGUUCGAAUUGGAGAACUCUCUUAAACUGGUCGGACUGCUCGAUGAUCACGUUGUUGACUUGACAUCGGAUGCUAGCUCUGAAAUCUUAAAAUCUAAGACUUAUGUUUUAAGAGCACGCUGGAUGCAUGAGUGCGAUAGAUUUUCUCCAAAAGAGAUCAUCCAUAUGUUUACCGAAGCUAUUUCAUUGCAGCCUGACUGGGAAAGUGCGCAUUACCACCUUGGGCAUUUUCACGAAGAUUGCUUUAAAAGGCUUCCAGAAUCUGAAUUUAUUCAGAGGGGCCUUAAAAUGAAUCUGCAAACUUUGCGGGCGUACUCGAAGGCAGUCAUGCAUGGAUCGAAGUUUGUCUAUCAAACAGUACCUCGGAUGCUCAGUAUAUGGAUGGAUCUCGCGGACGAUAAAAAUGUGGUGGUAACUAGUGAUUUUAAAAGAAUGACGGAAAGCAUUUCAAUUGCAAUGAAAGAGGCGCCAGUGUAUAAGUGGUUCACAGCUUUCCCUCAAAUUGUCUCCCGAGUUCAGCAUGACCACCCAGAGGUCUACAGGCAUCUCAGAUCACUUAUUUCGGUUAUCAUACAGGAGUAUCCUCUACAAGCACUCUGGCUUUUUGCGUCUGUUGUAAAGUCAACGAACCAAAGACGCUCGACCAGAGGAAAUGAAAUUUUAUCUCAUCUUCGGAACAACCCUCGGAACCAAAAUUCAGGGCUAUCAGCUCUCAUCGAUGAGUCUAUGGCGAUGACGAAUGAGCUUCUGGCGCUAUGCGAUCAUCCAUUAGUCGACGAAAGGCCACUAAACAUGACCAAAGAUUUUCCCCGGUUGAAACGACUAGGGCGUUCCAAGCUGAUUGUUCCUCUCCAGGAAUCUUUAACUGCCAGUCUUCCUCCCACGUCUGCUACAGAAUCAACUCACCAACCCUUUGCUUCAAAUUUACCAACUUUCCAAGAGUUCCUUGACGAGAUUGAGGUCAUGAAAUCCUUAGCAAAGCCCAGAAAAAUCACUAUUAGGGGUAGCAACGGGCAACGAUAUAUGUUCCUCGGAAAGCCGAAAGAUGAUUUGAGGAAGGAUGCUCGCCUAAUGGAUAUGUUUGCCAUCAUCAAUAAGCUACUAAAGCGGAACUCCGAGUCUCGAAGAAGGCAACUACACAUUCGUUCUUACGGGGUUGUUGCACUGAACGAAGAAUGUGGAUUUAUUCAGUGGGUUCCUAAAACCACGCCAAUUCGAUACUUCCUGGGUGAACUAUAUUCACGGCGGGGAAUACCUAUUUGGUCACCGGAAGUGAGCGCCCUUGCUGCAGAGCUGAAAAGAAUAGACGCCGAUGAAAAAAAGUCAGACGCUGACCUGGUCAAGGCAUUCAAGACCAAUAUGCUAGGCUUCUUCCCACCGGUAUUUCAUGAAUGGUUCAUUGAUUCAUUUCCAGAACCAUCAGCCUGGUUAGCCAGUCGACUGACCUACGGCCGAACUGCCGCUGUAAUGUCCAUGAUUGGAUGGGUUCUUGGCCUUGGAGAUAGACACUGCGAAAAUAUUCUGUUGGACUCAACUUCAGGAGACGUUGUGCAUGUCGAUUUCAAUUGCUUAUUUGAAAAGGGAAAGAAGCUUGACACUCCGGAAAGAGUUCCUUUUAGGUUGACCCAGAACAUUGUCGAUGGCUUAGGUAUCAGCGGAGUAGAAGGUGCCUUCCGGAUUUCAGCUGAAAUAACGUUGCAACUUCUGCGUGACAAUAAAGAUUCGUUGAUGAGUGUUUUGGAUACGUUCAUUCAUGAUCCACUAGCUGAAUGGGAGGACGAGAAGCGCAAAAUGGAUCGACAAAACCGGAGGGCUGUGAAGAAUGCGGCUAAUAACAGCACUAAACCUAUUCCCGUGACCGCUCAAAUUAUUGCAAGAUUGGCUUUGAGGCCCAUAGAAAAGAAAUUUGACGGAAUUCAUGUUCCUCAAAAUAACCGAGAGAGCCAGGAGCGAGAAAUUGGGACCGCGAAUCUCGUUCAAAUGCUCAUCGCAGAAUCGUCAGAUCCUGUCAAUCUAGCUAAAAUGUACGCAGGUUGGGCUCCCUGGCUGUGA